AUGGAUCAGGUGCCAGAUGUUCCUGACAGAUUCGAGUGGAUAGGAGAUGUCGUGAGAGCCGAGUACGACGGUGGUGAUGUUGGGGAUGAUGGUGGAGAUGACAGCAGUAGAGGUGAUGAUGAGAGUGGACCUGGAAGUAGUGGUAGAAGUGGUGGCGGAGGUGAUGAUAGUGGGGCGGUGGAGAGGCGAAAGCCCUUAGAAUUUGAGGAAGGGGAUCAUGUUUUUCUUAAGGUUACUCCGACUACGGGAGUAGGUAGGGUGAUUAAGGCAAAGAAGUUGAAUCCUCGAUACAUUGGUCCAUUUCAGAUCCUGGAGAGGAUUGGGCCGGUGGCGUAUCGGAUGGCUCUACCACCUCAUCUUUCGAACCUGCACGACGUGUUUCACGUGUCGCAGCUUCGGAAGUACACUCCUGAUGCUAGCCAUGUGUUGGAACCUGAGUCGGUUCGGUUGAGGGAAGAUUUGACGCUUCCAGUGGCUCCAGUCAGAAUUGAUGAUACUAGUAUCAAACGGUUGCGUGGAAAAGAGGUUUCAUUAGUCAAAGUGGCAUGGAUUCGAGGCGGUGUUGAGGAACACACUUGGGAACUUGAGUCGGAGAUGCGAACGGACUAUCCGCAU